AUGGCGCCAAACCCAUUACCGACACCCGAGGCCGUCGCCGCCACCCCGGCGGUGGCAGCGAGGCAGGUUGUCAUCACCACUGUCUACAGCACGCUUCCCGACCCGACACCGACCGCGACGCCCAGCCAGGCGACUAGCGACAACAAGGCUAUUAUCGGACCUGUCGUCGGCGGUCUCGUGGGUGGUGUCGGUGUAGGCCUCUUCGUCACCCUUCUCUGGUACUUUCUUGCCCGCCGCCGCAAGAACAAGCAGCGCGAGGCGCGCGCAGCACUGUCUCGUCGUCGCGCGCGCCAGGUCCAGUCGAUGCAGCACACGCGUCGCAAGUCGACCACCAGCUCGACCGGUAGUAGCGCGCACCACCUCAAGCCUACGUCGCCGAGCGAGAAGAACUUUGACCCCCAUGUGCCGGUCACGCCCCCGCAGCGCACGUACGCCCCGAAGCAGUUUGACCCCUUCGUGAACGAGAAGGGUUACGGGUACGAGCCCAAGCCACUCGCAUACGUUCCCGCUGGUGGCGGCGAAUACUUUAUCCAACAGGCGUACGAGCUGCCCUCUACCCCGCCCUCCCAGGACCCCCAGCCGCUCGUCCAGUUCGACCUGCCUACGAAUGACACCACCACCGUCACCACGACCUCGACGGACAAGAGCUCGCCUCCCAACUCGCCUCCUUCUGGACCUGAUCGUACUUCUCGCGGCGCGUCUCGCAUCGCCGCAGCCGAGCUUGCCGUCGCGUCGGCCACUGCCCCGAUCACAAAGCGUCACCGCCCAAAACGGCCAUCACCUCUUGCCAAGUCGGACGAGAGUGAGGGCGGUCACCUGCCCUCCAACGACUUUACGCAAGUCCGUCCAGGUUACUCGCUUGACAACUCGCCCAUUCACUCGCCCCCCAGCAGCGACGGUUCGCACGCUACCGCUGUCUACGCUGCCGCAGCCGGCGGCUCGUGGGGAAUUGCGCUCGGCUCGCCCGAGGAAGACGAGAACGAGACGAUCACGUUCGCCGAUGAGCAGGAGAGGGCUAUCGCUGCUACCAGGGCUGUCCUUGACCCCGCCUUUGAGGAGCGCAUGGCAAACGAGCCCGACAGAGACACCAAGGCAUCGUCGGGUAUGUACUCGCACGACCCGUUCGCCGAGUACCACGCCUACAUGUCUGCUCGUCCCGAGUCAGACAUUGAGAACUUGUUCGACAACUCGACUGCCAGCCCACCUCACACGGCUUCUGGUCGCAAGCCCAUUGACUGGAUUUGA